AUGGGAAAACGCAUAAUCAUCACUGGAGGCUCUGGCAAAGCCGGCCAGCAUAUUAUCAGAUAUCUCCUCCAACAAGGCCAUGAUAUCCUAAACCUGGAUCUCGUUGCUCUUCCCGCCGAACUGGAAGAGCAAGUCCACACCCUGCGUGUCGACCUGACAAACACCGGACAGGUAUACAGCGCACUAGGCUCUCAUUUCCGCUUGACAGAGCCGUUCCGUGAGCCGCUCGGAUUACUGCCCGAUGCAGUCAUUCACAUGGCCGGGUAUUCGCGCAACAUGAUCGUCUCAGACGAAGAAACUUUCCGCGGUAAUACCUCGGCAAUGUACAACAUAAUCGAAGGCGCCUCGCGCCUCGGCAUCAAGAAAAUCAUCAUCGCCAGCUCUAUCACUGUCUACGGAGUGAGUUUUGCAGAGGGGGACAUAGAUUAUCCCUCCUUCCCAGUCGAAGAAACCGUUGACGCAAACCCGAUGGACACAUAUGCUAUCUCGAAGGUGUGUGGAGAGAGCAUUGCACGGGGCUUCGCGCGCCGGUAUGGAAGCGACAUCUAUGUUCUGCGCAUUGGUCGCGUUGUUGCCCCAGAAGAGUACAAGCAGUCCAUGUUCCGCUCAUACGUUGAAAAUCCCGACAAAUGGGCGCCCCAUGGCUGGGCGUACAUCGAUGCUCGAGAUCUAGGGCAAAUGUGUGAUCUUGCGGUUCAGAAGGAUGGUCUUGGAUUUCAGAUCUUUAAUGCUGUCAAUGACGAAAUUACGAAUUACGAGAAUACUGCUGGGUUCCUAGCGCGGGUUUGUCCCGACGUCCCGGUUACGCGAGAACUGGGGGCCAAAGAGGCUCCGAUCAGUAACCGAAAAAUCAAGGAACUGCUUGGGUUCAGGGAAGACCAUCAUUGGAUGAAAUAUUAUGAAUAA